AUGCUUGCCACGACGCUCAUCGCCGCCGCCGCGCUCGCACACACCGCUUCGGCUGUUCCCUUCGCCAACAAGGGUGAUGCAGCUACGCUCGCCCGCCGCCAGAUGGACUCAAAUGACCCGGUCGAACAGCUUGCGAUGGUGCUGCUCUCGUUUGGCAUCAACGUCUCGGACCUCAAGUCGGACGACAAGUGCGCGGCACCUUGCUUGACUGACUGGACGAACGGCGUCAGCGCCUGCUCUUCUGACGACGAGAACGACGUCAAGACGAACGUCGAGUGCGCUUGCACGGACGGCAAUGUCGCUCUCCUCCAAAAGUGCGCGACCUGCAUGGGUGGCGACAACGUCCAGAUCGGCAGCAUGUUCGCCCAACAGUGCCCUGUGGCCGUCAAGGCUCUCGCUACGAGCAGCAUCGGCUCGCAGGCCAGCAGCACCGGCGGAUCCGCCGUCACCCUUCCUUCCGCCACGAGCAUCAAGUCGUCCGCCUCCUCGGCCCUCUCUUCCGCCAGCAGCGGCGCAGCCUCGGCUGCUCACACCAGCGCUGUCGCGUCUCACUCGGCCGCGAACGGAACCGUCUCGCAGCCGGCGCAGACUAGCCAGCCCGCUCCCGGCAGCGCUGCUAAGGCGGUCGUCUCGCUCCUCUCCCUCGGCGCCGUUGGCUUUGCCGUGUUCCUCGCCUAA